CCUGCUAAAAGAAUACCGUUCUAAUGUUGAUUAAUCCCAUUCGAAUCGACAUCAACACAUGUAUCACUGACAAUGAGUACAGAUUAACAUCACUUCCACUUUUACCAAAAACGAAAAUCCGCUUAUCGCCAGUAUAGCAAUAAAAUCGCGGGUCUUUACCGAUGAUUGAUUGGAUAUUUACAAAACGGCGGGACAUAUUAGUGGCGUGGGAAAACUGGCAGUUCCGUUUAUCUUGGAUUCGACUAAAAUUUCCAGUUAUAGAUUUAGCAACUAAAUGAGAGAACAGUUAUGUUCAACUUGCGCAGCGAUAAACAACAAUUUGUAGUGGUGCGGCAAAACUUAAUACAAUAGACUCAUUCGUUGAAACGACGACGAGCUGAUUUGCCGCUUUGAUUAAAUGUCAGCGACAGCAAUAGCGCUAAACCUAUUGGAGUAUCAUCAUCAAAUGCUACACGCAAUCGAUCAAAAAACAUGUAACGACGCAAGGGAGUCAAAAUAUUUAGAGCCACAACAACAACAACAACAACUAUUACAAACAGCAAUGGCAACGAAUCAAUUCGAUUUGUAUGAAAUUAUAAAUGAUACGGUCUUAGCAUUGAUCCAAUCCACAACCCUAGCCGAGUCGAGCACAACGCCAUCAUCCGCAUUAAAUGUUUCCGCCGUCUCCAUUGCUGGCAUCGGCACAUCGACCAUUUUUUGGGUCACAUGCAACAUACUCAUAAUGAUCUGCAUAGUUGCGGGCAAUGCACUCAGCAUAUUGGCCAUUACUACGUGUCGGCGCUUGCGCAGCUUAAUCGCAAAUAUGUUCAUACUAUCGCUCGCCGUAUCGGAUUUCGGAGUUGGCCUAUUGCUACCCUACCAUAUCGCCUUCUAUUUAGGCUCAAAUCUCGGACAGUCGAAACUGUUUUGCGUACUGCGAUUCGUUCUCAUCAUUUUCUCCUGUUGCGUCUCCAUAAUGACACUCAUUACAAUCGCUGUGGAUCGUUAUAUAGCAAUCGUAUAUGCGUUGCACUAUAGACGGUUCAUGACACGCCGCGUAUCUUUUCUCAUUAUCGCCUUUAAUUGGACGGCAGGUGCGACGGUGGCCAUCAUACCGGUUUUCAGCAAUCGCUUCAAAACUGCCAUUGAAUGUGAAUUCUAUCAGGUAUUGCCCAUCUGGUAUAUGGCUGGUGUCAUAAUACCGGGCUUUGUGUUCAUCUGGUUAUUCAUGCUCUUGAUUUAUUGGCGUAUAAUGCGUGAAGCCGCAAAGCAAAUGGAACCAUCGCGUUGCAAUCGUGAAAUGAAGAGACGCAGCAGCAAAAAGCUGGGACGCCGCAUACCAGAAUGGAAGUCUAUGCAGGUGAGCGGUUGAGGAAGAAAGCAAUAAUGCCGUAUGUACAUGUAUACAAAAGCUGUUUGUUUUUGUUCUAACAAUUUUAUGACGAAUAAGGGUGUACUAGAUAGUGGUGCAUAUAUGUAUAUGAACACAAGCUGGCAUUGAGUUAGACACACUAGGAUUUUUUUGUAAAUCAAGUAUCAAGGAAUACAUUAGGGCUCAGGCUAUCCGUAUAUUUGGAUAUGCGUUCGGAUAUUCGCGUAUACGGAUAGAUAAGCCGAGAUAUGCCGAUCUUCAACUCAGCCGUCGCU